AUGGCCGCUAUAACUAUGGCCGCCCCCACAUUUGAGGGGAAACGCUCCGCCACCCCCGUUUCAUAUCAUCUGCCGGAAGCGCAUAUUGGAAUGGGUACGUCCAUGGAGUACACAACCGGUCCGCCCAUCUACCGGGUCCCCAAAGGCCGCAUGGUUCUUGGAGAAGGCCCAAUCUACCGAGCGAGUGAUUCCACUCUGCACUGGUUUGAUCCGCUCGAUUCUCCAAGUGAGCUAUACAUUCUGCCUGUGGACCCGGAUUCUGGCUCCCCUAAAGGCGAAGCGAAAGUAUUCACCCUUGAGGAUAGCAUCACGGUCGCUGCAUUCCGCAAGAACAAGCCUGGCAGCUAUAUUGCAGCAUACUACCAGGGUGUCUGCUUUCUGGAUGAAGCAACCGGCAAAGUCGAGGUUUUGCGCGAGAUCAUUCCGACCUCUGAGCGUGAUCAGCUCAGAUUUAAUGACGGUGGCGUCGAUGCUGCUGGGCGUUUCUGGUUAGCGGAGAUUGAUAUCACGGCCACCAAGUUCCCACUCGGUCAAAUCCCCAAGGAGUAUGAGCCGCGGGGUAGACUUUGGAGAUAUGACCCGGAUGGUAGCUUGCACCUCAUGCUCCGUGGAGGACUUGUCUGCGGAAAUGGGGUGAAAUGGAGCCAUGACAACAAAACCAUGUACAUGAACGACUCUGUCGGACAAAAGAUCACUGCUUUGGAUUUUGAUCUUAAAACUGGUGCUUUGUCAAACCAGCGCAUUCUGGUCGAUUUCAAGGGAACUACCUCGGAGCCGGACGGAAUGGUGGUUGAUAACGACGGCAACCUAUGGGUCGCUGUAUAUGGAUCCAAUUAUCUCAUGCAUUUCAGUCCCGAGGGCAAGCCCUUGAAGCAAGUCAAGUUGCCAGCCAAGUGCCUCACCUGUCCGACAUGGGGUGGAAAGGACUUCGACAUCCUCUAUCUCACAACUGCACGAGAUCGCUCUGAAAACCCGGACCCUAUUGAUGAUGGCGGCCAUAUUUACAAGUUCCUUCCAGACGGUGCCAAGGGGCAGCCAAAGAAUGAGUUUGCUGGAUGA